CAACAGCUGUUAGCAUCCAGCUAGCCGGCCCGUUUCCUCGGUUCUCUUCUGUUUCUUUUACCUUUUGAAGUCUGUUUUUUGUUUUUCCAGACCCUGAAAGUUUCGGGCAUGAAGCUGCUUUUGUGAAAUCCUGAACUUUGCGCUGCGUUAGUUUAAACUCCUCUGCUAGCUGCUAGCUGUUAGCCGGUUUAGCUGCAGACUGACGGCAGGAAGAAGCCCGACAUCAAAGAGAUGCUCACGCCUCCGUCCGACUAUGACUCCUUCCGCCGGAGAUUCUGACCUCCGAUGACCUCCAGCGUCGCCUCCUGCUCCGUCGUCAUGUCUCCACGGAAACGGCCGCUGGUGCCGGUCAGCAGCCGGCGGAAAGCGGCGGACGACUUCUUCCCGUUCGACCUGCUGCCGGUGGAGUGCCGGCUGCACGUGCUGUCCUUCCUCAACGAGGUGGACAAGUGCAGCUGCGCCCUGGUCUGCCUGAGCUGGAGCUGCCUGGUCCGGUCCUGGAAGCUGUGGCGGGUCGCCGACUACUCCCGCCGCGGCGUCUUCCACCUGGGCCAGGAGGGGCUGCUGGUGUCCAACCGCGAGUUCGAGCGCUGGAAGUCGUGGGUGCACCACUACACCCACCACCUGAUCUCGCGGCGGGCCAGCCUGCUGACGCUGAAGGCCAGCUUCGACCUGGGCGACCGCUGCAACCGCUGGGCCGAGCUGCUGCGCCACCUGCUGGACAACGUGCACUGCAGGGACCUCAGCCACCUGGACCUGAACUGGACCUUCACGCUGCUGGAGCCGCUCGACCUGCGGGUCCACUCCAGCUCCAGCUCCCACCAGGACAGCAUCACCAAGAUGGACCAGGUGACCAGCUUCCAGGAGCUGCUCGGGAAGCUGACCCAGAGCUGCCCCCGGAUCUCCAAGAUGCGCCUCCACUUCGACUGGUCCGACCUGUCGGUGUCGCUGCUCUCCCAGUUCCAGCAGCUGCGGGUUCUGGAGCUCAAGUACUUCUGGGUGUUCAAGGGCGUCGGGCCGGCCACGCUGCAGACGCUGACGUCGGCGCUGCCCAACCUGCGCUCCCUGACGCUGCACGUCCUGGUGCCGCUGCGCAACCUGGGCAUCUCCUACACGCUGGAGUCGCCGUCGCUGGAGUUCCUGGACGUGUCGCCGAGCCGCGGCCUGGUCUUCUCCCGCCUCCAGCUGCCGGCGCUGCGGGAGCUCCGGGCCAAGAAGAUCGUCCGCGGCAUCACGCUGGACCGGCGGACCCGGCUGCGGAUCCAGAGCCGCUGGCCCUGCCUGUACCACGUCCUCCGGGAGGGGACGCCCCGGCUGCAGGCGCUGAACAACGAGAGGCUGCUGCCCACCUGGAGGGAGGAGGUGUACGGGGAGCUGACCUCCAUCCUGGACCAGUCCUGCUACUGCGUGCAGCACCUGGACAGCUGGCUCUGGUAGACUCACGGCGCCCCUCAUUUCAAACCGACCGGAUCGGAGACUCGGAGCGGCCGUUGGAGUCGGAAACGUUCCACGUGUUGACGACGACGUCUUCAGUUUCUCCAUGUACGGCGCUCCGACUCCACGGUUCUGUCCUGGAUUCACUUCCACAGAAACAAACAGAACAGGUCCGACUCCUGAUGACGUGGAAAAGUUCCUCAAAGUCGACUCGCUGAGCUCCGAAUCCAGAGUAAAGGCAAAAUAUUAUCAAGAAAAAAGUCACAAUGUUCAAAUGAUUUUAAUGGAUUCAGCACAAAAACAAAACUGGUUUAAUUAUUUGGUGAAUCGUUUCUGUUCACUCACAUUAACAUCUUCAAAUAUCUCAACUAAAGUCUGGAAAGUAGCUUUAGUAAUUUUUUUUUUUAUAUAAAUAUCAAAACUUUUAAGAAUAUUUUUAAUAUCACAGUUUUUUUCUCUAAACAUUUCAACAUACUUCUUGAACUAUCACCGUUUUUAAUUCUUAAAAAUCUGUAACUGCUUCAGAUAUUUCAGCUUUAUACCUGAAACUCUUGUGUCUGCUCUCUCAGCAGAUUUAAUGGUAUUUUUCUCAUAAAGUUUCUUGAAAUUAGUUUUUUUUAAUUCUAAAAAUUUUGCCGCUCAGUUUCCAAAAAAUUUACGAUUUAGAUUUUUUUUUAGAUUCUAAAAUGUUUUGACUGAAUUCUCAGAAUAUUACGACUUAAAUUCUUUAAAUAUUGUAAAAUAUUUCUUCGUAAAUUCCAGCUUGUUUUAAUGCUAAAAAUGCUAAAAAUACUGCAACAUAUGAAUGAUUAAUUAUUACAACUUAAUUCUCUGAAUACUUUCCUCUCGACAUAUUCCAGCUUAUGUCUCGUGUUAUUAUUUAUUCUAAAAAUGUAGUCGCUAAAAAUACAACAAAACAUUUCCCAUGUUUUAUAGUUUAUAUUAGAAAAUAUUGUGACGGCAUUUUGAGAAUAUUACAGUCGAGUGUGUUUACAGCUUCUUUUUAGUUUUUAAAAUAUCGUGACUCAAAACACUACAACUUAAUUCCCCAAAUAUUACUCAAAAAAUUGCAAAAUAUUUCUGAAAUUUUACCCUUUUUUUGUUAUAAAAAUAUUGUACCUGCAUU